AUGGCGUCACAGAAGAGACCCUCUCAGAGGCACGGGUCCAAGUACCUGGCCUCCGCCAGCACCCUGGACCAUGCCAAGCACGCCUUCCUCCCCAGGCACCGGGACACGGGCUUCCUCGACUCCCUGGGGCGCUUCUUUGGAGGUGACAGGGGUGUGCCCAAGCGGGGCUCGGGCAAGGUACCCUGGCUCAAGCAGGGCAGGAGCCCACUGUCCCCUCAUGCCCGCAGCCACCCCGGGCUGUGCAACAUGUACAAGGAUGCACACCACGCGGCCAGAACCACCCACUACGGCGCCCUGCCCCAGAAGUCGCAGCAUGGCCGGCCCCAAGAUGAGAACCCUGUAGUCCACUUCUUCAAAAACCUUGUGACGCCGCGCACACCUCCUCCGUCGCAAGGAAAGGGGGCCGAGGGGCAGAAGCCCGGAUUCGGCUACGGGGGCAGAGCUGCCGACUACAAAUCCGCUCAUAAGGGACUGAAGGGCCAGGACACCCAGAGCACGCUUUCCAAAUUCUUCAAACUGGGCGGAAGAGACAGCCGCUCUGGAUCGCCCAUGGCUAGACGCUGAGCCGACCCCUGUCCCCGACUCCCGUCCUCCGCUUUUUAAUAAUCCCGCCCUAGGAUUUAACACGUUCCUGCCCACCCACCUUGUUCUAGACGCGACCUCUCGCCUAAUGCCUUGGACUGUGCGCACAGUAGGGCCAGGCACGCCGCGUCCCGCUGGCAACGUCUGGCCCCCAGCUACAUGGAGAAACACAAACACAAAACGGUUCCACUGUCCCUACUUCAUGUGUGAAGACAAAGUGUCCUGGAGACUCAUUCCAUGGCGACGCGCCUGGCACCCUGGGGCCCCAGCACUGGGUGCAGGCCGUCGUCCCACUGACCCUCCGUCCCUGGACUUGCUUUGCACGCUGACCCGUCCCUGGCUCGGGCGCAGCCACGAGCCCCUGCUGUGGACACAGGACACAUGCGGGCGGUGGGACGGUGGCCGCACCUCCUUCGGGCUCUGUUCCUGCCCCGUCUCACCUCCUAAGGUCCCCCACAUCCUAACAGGACUAGGCGGCAGGAGAAGCGUCACCCCGCGGGAGCUUCGGUACGUGGCAUGCAGGCGGGCAG